AGGUCAUCUGAACAGGUAGCGUCAUUUCCUGGUUUUCUCCAACAUGGCGCCUUUGUUUUUUUUUAGUCGAAUAAAAAGCAUUUCAUGCUCAAUGUAUUAUUUAUUUAUUACAUACCAGUUUUAAUGUAGAUUAGCUUCAUAUAUGACAGAACAUUGCGCGAGGUUGUAGACACUGGAGCGAAGGUGAGGCAGUCCUAAUGGAGACUAGCACACUAGAUGGUGCUCACGCUCAGUGGGUGUUGUCUGAGCUCAACCAGCAGAGGGGGCUUGGAAAGUUCUGCGACGUGAUGCUCAACACUCAGAACGGUCAGGUGUUCCUGGCCCACCGCAACAUCCUAGCUUGCUUCAGCCAGAUGUUCAAGGACUCGCCUUCCUCCACACCAUGUACAGAGAUCAACCUUCCACAAGAGUGUCCUGUCGAAGGACUCGAGCUGCUGCUGCAUUUCUUCUACACUGGUGACCUCCAGCUAAACAGUGAUAAUGAGGAGAAGGUUCGACGUGCUGCGAACGGCCUGUCCGUUCCUGAUUCACUCAUUCCUGCUCAGAGUUUGGUCAGAAUUAAGGGUUCAGUCAGUAGUGAAGACGUUGAAGGGAAGCCACUUUUCCCCUCACUGACUGCGGACACCAAACCGGACUUGACUGCUAUGUCACAAUCAGCAUCACAACAGGAGGUGAAAAGCAAUGGAGAAACCUCAGUGAGGCCAGAAGCAGCAGUUGCAGAGCUCGACGAGUCUCCCAGCACCAGCUCAGCCACUGUUACUCGAUCUGGCAGGAAGGUGAGGAGCCCGAGCAGGCUGGCCAGAGAGAACGCUGUUCCUGUAGUCCCAAAACCGAGUGUGACAAGACGAAGAACAGCAGCUCUCGAGUCCAAAGAUGAGGGCAUCAUCCCUACUGAUGGAGAACAGAGCAGUACACAAGUGCCAAGUGAGGCUGAGGAUGGACCUGGUGAUAAUCAGGACGAUGCUGCUGAUGAAGACGAUGAGGACGGUGUGGGGAUUUUUACAGAAGACACGGACGAAGAGUACAUGCCUCAUGAUUCACCCGUCGCAUCUCCUAAAGGUCCAAGAGGGAAGCGUAAACGGAAGGGAAGUGCCAGCGGUAAAGAAAACGGAGGCGGAUCUUCGAAAGAUACAAAGAAGGGCUCUGUUCAGUGUCCUACAUGUCACAAAACAUUCCUCAGCAAAUACUACCUGAAAGUCCACAACAGGCGGCACACGGGGGAGAAGCCGUUCAAGUGUGAAAAAUGUGGGAAAUGCUAUUAUAGGAAGGAGAAUUUGCAGGAGCACGAGGCCAGGAACUGCCUCAGCAGGACUGAUAUGAUGUUUUUCUGUUCCAGGUGUCCCAUGAGCUUUAAGAAGAGACAGGAACUGCGUAUGCACACAGUCACACACACGGGCGAGAUGCCAAAUAAGUGCACUUCAUGCUCGGAGCAGUUCAUGCAGAAGAAAGAGCUCCGAAACCACAUGAUCAAAGUCCAUGGAGCUCCUAAACCAUAUUCAUGCCCACUGUGCCCCAAAUGCUUCCUGUCACGUACUGAGCUGCGCCUCCACGAAGCCGCCAAGCACCGGGGGGAGAAGCUGUUUGUGUGUGAGGAGUGCGGCCACCGAGCAUCCAGCCGCAACGGCCUACAGAUGCACAUAAAAGCCAUUCACAGGAAGGAGCGUCCAUUCGUGUGCGAGAUCUGCAAUCAUGCCUUUACCCAGAAGGUCAAUCUGAACAUGCACCUACGCACACACACAGGAGAGAAACCGUAUCAGUGCCACCUCUGCGGCAAGACCUUUCGCACUCAGGCGAGCCUGGACAAGCAUAACCGCACACACACGGGUGAGCGGCCAUACAGCUGCGAGUUCUGCGAGCAACGGUUCACCGAGAAAGGGCCUCUGCAGCGCCACAUAGCCAGCAGACACCAAGAAGGCCAGCCACACUCCUGCCACAUCUGCAACAAGUCCUUCAGAGCUAUCGAGCAGCUUCGUGUACAUGUGCGGAGACACAAAGGAAUGAGGAAGUUUGAGUGUUCUGAGUGUGGCUACAAGUUCACCAGACAGGCUCACUUGCGGCGGCACUUGCAGAUCCACAACCGUGUGGAGAACUACAACCCACGCCAGAGGAAAUUGCGCAACCUCAUAGUGGAGGAUGAGAACACAGAGACUACGUCCACUCCUCCAGCAGGGCAGGACGUGGCAGACGAGGAGGCCCAGCCAGCUGCAGCGGAAAACAUGGAGCAGCCAGACUCGGGUGCCGUGAAGGAGGCUGAGCAGGAAAGCUUCGGCAUGGACGAGGUGAUGGAGGUGCUGGUGACGGACACGUUUCCCAUUCAGUCAGGGCUGGUGGUGGAGCUGCAGGGAGAUGGGGCUGAUGGGAAGGCUUGAGGGAGAGAAGAAGAGCGAGGUGCUGCAAGGUACAAUGCUAGGACCAGUUUUGUUAAUUUCCAAUGAUGUGCACGAGCGAAAUGACUGCAGGAUACAUGCAAUGGCCAUCUUGAAUACACAUACGGAUACUUAACAGCAAGUAUAAAUCAGCCUUUACAAGAUACCUACAGUAUGUUUUUAAUGUUGUAGGUUCCAGCUAUCCUCCUAGACUACAUUCGUCUCAUGAGUGAGGGCCAUUUUCAUAAUACAGAACUAUACGGAUAGGGAAUUAGAUCAUAAAUAUGGCUGUAGAUUCCACAAAUAGCAUUGGAUGCAUUUUCACAAAGUCAUUACAAUAUUCUACUUAGAUAAUAUUUGUGUGGCGGCCUGGGAAAACCCUUCGCAUGAUGAAAUUUGCUUUUAGACAUCUUUUUUUUUAAAUUACACUGGCUCCUUACACAACAUGAUAUUUGCAUGGGGGGGGCAUUAGUGGUUAGGACGUUUGCCUCGCACCUCCGGGGUUGGGGUUUCGAUUCCCGCCUCCGCCCUGUGCGCACGGAGUUUGCAUGUUCUCCCCGUGCUUCAGGGUUUCCUCCAGGUGCUCCGGUUUCCUACUCCAGUCCAAAGAUAUGUGUUGUAGGCUGACUGGCAUUUCCAAAUUGUCUGUGAAUAUGUGUGUGAUUGUGCCCUGCGCUGGGUUGGCACCCUGUCCAGGGUGUCCCCUGCAUCGUGGCCCAAGUCCCCUGGGAUAGGUUCCAGGUUCCCCGCGACCACGUGUAGGAUAAGCGGUACAGCAAAUGGAUGGAUUGAUAUUUGCAGGAAGAUAGCCUAAAGAUUAUAAUCUAUAGAUUAUAGAUUAUAAACUAAAUAAAACAUUGUCAAUUUCAAUUUUUGAAACUAUGCGUUUCUUCUUUCUCAGCUAAAGCACCGGUCGAACCCAAAUGCAAAAUGAAAAAGGUAAUUCACUGAAGGGGAAAGGACGCAGGAUGUAAAAUAUUUGCUUCAGGUAGCGCUCACUUUCAUGUUGCGCCAGAUUUAUCUAGGUGAACUUUUAAUUCACAAGCCCCGUUCUUGGGAGCCAAUAGACAACAAAAAGGCAUGGCUGUUCUCUCUUUGGUCAGUAAAAAAAAAAAUGGAGGAGUUGCCGACACCUUUUUUUUUGCCUUGUAUUUUUUGGCUGCUUGCCAGAAUUCAAUCGCAACAACAUGGGUUUUUCUAGACACUUUUGUAUAAAAACACUGACAGUUUUGUGGAAAUACAUUUAUGGUUUCUUAAAGUUGAGCAGAAGUGUCAACAUCUACAUAUUAGACAUAACAUUUACUAUUUUUGAUACGGGAGACCUGAAAUCUACACUGCAACAUCUGAUGGGUUUUCCUAUACCGCCACAUAUUUUCACUUAUGUAUAUAUUUGGUCAAUACUUUGUCCCCAACAUUUCAUAUGCAAAUACCAUGAAAUGUACAUAUUGUAUGAUAUCAUGGUGAUGUGAUUGCACCUGUUACUGAACAUGUAACAGUGCAAAUAAACAGACAAAAACCAUA